GCGCGCGGGCGUGCGUUGGCCCCGCCCCGCCCCUCGCGGCCCCGCGCUUGCCGCGGCCGUUGUUGUCAGUCGCGACUCGGAGGCGCAGCAGGGGCGGCUGCAGCGCCUGGUCCCCUCCGAGCGCAGCGCGGGCGAGGGGCGCGACCCGCCGCAGCCCCGCCGACCUUCCCCGCCGGGCUCUUGGACCCUCUCCGUCUCUUCCUCUGUCCCUUCUUCCCUCCCCGCUGAGCUCUCCGUCCCAGCCGCCGCUCCCGAGGGCAGUCGCAGCGGGCGCUGCCCAUGCAGGGGGCGGCGCGGGGCGCGGCGCCCCGAGGAGACGCCGCCGCUGCCGCCGCUGCGGGCAGAGUGAAAGUCUCAAACUGAAUUCUAUGGGUUUUGUGGAAGCUGCAUAGUGAAGAGGUUGUACCAUGGCUCCAGCUGAGGGAAGCAGGAAGGUAUGCUUGGCAGUGAUUAUGGACUAUUUAUUUGCAUCAGAUACUCUUAUAUGAAAAUACCACAUUUCCAAAGAGCUUAAAUACUAUUGCAUCUUCUGAAACAGAAUGGCAGGCUUCAAACGAGGAUAUGAUGGAAAAAUUGCAGGAUUGUAUGACUUGGAUAAAACUUUGGGCAGAGGCCAUUUUGCUGUGGUCAAACUUGCUCGGCAUGUCUUUACAGGUGAAAAAGUAGCAGUAAAAGUCAUUGACAAGACCAAACUAGACACUCUGGCCACGGGACAUCUCUUUCAAGAAGUGAGGUGCAUGAAAUUAGUGCAGCAUCCCAACAUAGUGCGGCUGUAUGAAGUGAUUGACACCCAGACAAAGCUUUAUCUCAUCCUAGAGCUAGGGGAUGGCGGAGAUAUGUUCGAUUACAUCAUGAAACAUGAAGAAGGUCUCAAUGAGGAUCUGGCAAAAAAAUACUUCGCUCAAAUAGUUCAUGCUAUAUCCUACUGUCAUAAACUGCAUGUAGUUCAUAGAGACUUAAAACCAGAAAAUGUGGUUUUCUUUGAAAAACAAGGACUUGUGAAAUUGACUGAUUUUGGCUUCAGCAACAAAUUUCAGCCUGGAAAGAAGCUCACCACAAGCUGUGGAUCUCUUGCCUAUUCUGCUCCUGAAAUUUUACUUGGGGAUGAAUAUGAUGCGCCAGCAGUGGAUAUAUGGAGUUUGGGGGUCAUCCUCUUCAUGCUGGUCUGUGGACAGCCACCAUUCCAAGAAGCAAAUGACAGUGAAACUCUGACUAUGAUAAUGGACUGCAAAUACACGGUGCCACCUCAUGUGUCCAAAGAAUGUAAAGAUCUGAUUACACGGAUGUUGCAGAGAGAUCCAAAGCGAAGGGCCUCUUUGGAAGAGAUUGAAAACCAUGCAUGGCUUCAAGGAGUUGAUCCAUCUCCUGCAACCAAGUACAAUAUUCCUCUUGUAUCGUACAAAAAUCUGUCUGAGGAGGAGCACAACAGUAUAAUCCAGCGCAUGGUUCUUGGGGACAUCGCAGACAGAGAUACCAUAGUGGAGGCGUUGGAGACUAACAAAUACAAUCACAUCACUGCUACUUACUUCUUACUAGCCGAAAGGAUCCUGCGAGAAAAACAAGAGAAGGAAAUUCAGACCAGAUCUGCAAGCCCCAGCAACAUCAAAGCUCAGUUCAGGCAAUCGUGGCCAACAAAAAUCGAUGUCCCCCAGGAUCUGGAGGAUGACCUUACGGCAACCCCUCUCUCCCACGCCACCGUUCCUCAGUCCUCGCCGGCUCGCACGGCUGAGAACGUUCUCAACGGGCACCGGAGCAAGGCCCUCGGGGACUCGGCAAAGAAGGAGGAGAUCCCUGAACUGGCUGGGCCCGCACUUUCAGCGGUUCCGUCGGUGAGCUUAAAACCCACCACAAGUGGCCGGAAGUGCUUGUUCAGGGUAGAAGAAGAUGAAGAGGAGGAUGAGGAAGAUAAAAAACCCAUUUCUCUUUCUACACAAGUUGUUCUGCGUCGUAAGCCUUCGGUUACAAAUCGUCUUACUUCGAGAAAGAGCGCACCAGUCCUCAACCAGAUCUUCGAGGAGGGCGAGUCAGAUGACGAGUUUGACAUGGACGAGAACUUGCCCCCAAAGCUCAGCAGGUUAAAGAUGAACAUCGCCUCGCCCAGCACCGUGCACAAACGCUACCACCGGAGGAAAAGCCAGGGCCGGGGCUCCAGCUGCAGCAGCUCCGAAACCAGCGAUGACGACUCGGAAAGCAGGAGGCGUCUGGACAAGGACAGCGGGUUUACUUACUCCUGGCACCGACGGGACAGUAGCGAAGGGCCGCCGGGCAGCCAGGGAGACGGUGGUGGACAAAGCAAACCAAGCAAUGGGAACGGAGGGGUGGACAAAACGAGCCCGGGCGAUAACAACAAAGGUGGGGGGAAUCCCUCCGGUGGCUCUGGUGGGAGCACCAACACCACCUCGGGCUCCACUCGGAGGUGUGCUGGAUCUGGAAACUCCAUGCAGCUGUCAUCCAGAAGUGCAGGGGAACUGGUUGAAAGCCUGAAGCUCAUGAGCCUUUGCCUAGGUUCACAGAUUCAUGGCAGCACGAAAUACAUUAUUGAUCCUCAAAACAAUCUGUCCUUUUCCAGUGUAAAAGUACAGGAGAAAUCAACGUGGAAAAUGUGUAUAAGCUCCAGCGGAAGCACAAACCAGGCUUCAUCACUGGGCAGCCUAAAAUUUUUUUCUGAUCGAAUGUCAGACACAACAAAUGAAUUAGAACGGCUAAAGAACAGGAACUUGAAAAACAAUGUGCUACAACUACCUCUCUGUGAAAAGAUAUCUGUGAAUAUUCAGCGGAACCCAAAGGAGGGGCUGCUGUGUACCUCCAGUCAAACCAGUUGUUGUCACGUCAUUUGACAGUGACCUGACUUGAACAGCUCGAUCUGCUUGACAGCAUCAUUCUUCCUGGUCAGAGCUGUGAACACCUUGUCACGGACCCCCUUUUGUUGUCUUAAGAUUUUUAAGUGGGCUUCGAGCAGUUAUUUAUUAUACUUUAAUUUUGUGUUUGCUUGAUGGUAUGACAAUGCAUGGUCUUUGCAUGCUGCUAGCAGGUAUGUUUUUCUUUUGCAACACAACAGAAUAUUUUAUUGUGUAAUUUUUACAUUUAUAAUUUUACUAUGGAAGAUCUGGAUUAAAUUAAAAUAAAGAUCUGGAUCCUAAUGUAAAUGAAGCACUUAGAAAUUUCAUGUUCUGCACUUAAACUAGAGAGAGAAGCUUUUGUUUGCUUAUGAAAUGUUAAUUCUUGUUCUGACCUUCUGUGAAAACUAAAAUAUGUGAUAUGUGGCAUACUAUGUGUCUGAAACAGAACCAAAGCAAUAAUGUUUUGAUGCUGAAAACUCUUCAGGGAGCUUUCAGAUGUUCCAAGGCUUGUACAAAGCAAAGAUGCACUGAAAAUUAGUGAUCUUGAAAUAUGAUUUUAAACCCACACCUAUUUGUCUUAAGCUAUGAUAUGGAUGAAGUUGUGGCUCAAAAAUCAAACCGAAAAGAUCUUGUUUUGCUAGAGGCAGUUUUCUUUAAAAAAAAAAAAAAAAAGGCAAGUAGAUUUGUAAGGCAGCUUUCUCCCAUAGAAAUAUGUUAAUAUUACAAGCAGACAAUCUUUUUUAAUAUAACAAAGGUAAA